UGGAAACCAGCGACCGCGCGCACGACUCCGGCGACCCGACCGCCGCAAAAGCAAAAUCCCGGCGGCCGCCGACGUAUCGCGCACGAGGAAACCCACAGGAACACCUCGGAAGCCGGUCAAGUCAAGAGCUUGCUUCUCGCGCCCCGUAUAAAGCCUGCGGCCGGAGCGGAGCCUUGCCGGUGGCCGCCGCCGGCAGUAGCCACUGAUACGGGCACACUGUCGUCGAUCGAGCUCUGUUUUGUUUUCCCCUUCUCCUGCGACCAUUCGCCGCCAUGAGGCUCCGCCUCCGCGGCGUGCUGCUGGUCCUGGCGCUCCUCCUGGCGGCCACCGCCGUGGUGCCGGUGCUCCUCCUGGGCGACGCCGACGACGGGGCCGCGGCGCGCGUUGCGCCGGCGCCGCCGUUCAACUCGUCGCGCGUGAAGGCCGUCUCGUGGCAGCCGAGGAUCUUCGUGUACAGGGGCUUCCUCUCCGACGCCGAGUGCAACCACCUCGUGGAGCUCGGGAAGAAGAAGGUCCAGCGCUCGAUGGUGGCCGACAACGACUCCGGCAAGAGCGUCAUGAGCGAGGUGCGCACCAGCUCCGGCACCUUCCUCGACAAGCGCCAGGACCCGGUGGUAACCAGGAUUGAAGAGAGGAUUGCGGCAUGGACGUUUCUUCCUGAAGAGAACGCCGAGAACAUUCAGAUCCUCCGUUACGAGCAGGGUCAGAAGUACGAGCCGCACUUCGAUUACUUCCACGACAAGGUGAACCAGGCCCGGGGAGGCCACCGCUACGCCACCGUGCUCAUGUACCUGUCCACCGUCGACAAGGGAGGCGAGACCGUCUUCCCCAACGCCAAGGGUUGGGAGUCUCAGCCCAAGGAUGACACUUUCUCUGACUGUGCACGGAAAGGACUGGCAGUGAAACCGGUGAAAGGUGACGCGGUGCUCUUCUUCAGCCUCCACGUCAAUGGAGUGCCGGACCCGCUCAGCCUCCAUGGGAGCUGCCCGGUCAUCGAAGGCGAGAAAUGGUCUGCGCCAAAGUGGAUCCAUGUCAGGUCCUACGAGAAUUCCCCAGUCCUGGCGACGGAGACUGAAGGAUGCACCGACAAGAGUGAGCAUUGCGCGCAAUGGGCUGCAGCGGGCGAAUGCGGGAAGAACCCGGUGUACAUGGUAGGCACCGAGGGGUUGCCUGGUCAGUGCCGGAAGAGCUGCAAUGUCUGUGAUUCAUAGGCUGUUUUACACUUCUUUCGAAAUUCAGUAUUGCAAUCACUUUCUGGAACUAUACUUGAUGUGUACAUAACUAGAGAAAGUUUUCUUCAGAUAAAAUGAGGCAGUAUUUUAGUUUUCAGACAGUGAGCAGUAAUGGUAAUAGAAUCCUCCUUUUUCCUAUGUUA